GGAGCGCCUUGUUCAUGCCAGUCAGCCAUGCACAGAUGCUUCACCCUCGAGAUUUUCCCACACCAAAUCGGCUCGAAGCAUGAGCGUAGUCUCCAUGUGUCCAGUUCGCGCCUCGUCAGAAGUAUGAGCUUCGUGUGCAGCAUUAGGAUGCUCUACCGAUGUUGUUUCACUCGAAGCGCGUGAUCGAGCGACCCGCGUCUUAAUGACGUCGUGAGUCGUGACCCGUCACGGGUUAUCCACGUGUCAGCGAACAGUGUUACCCGGUGGCAACGAAAACGGCCACUGUGUCCUGCGUAUAUUCCUCCCAAUAUCCUAUCCAUUCCGUUGGCUCUGCGUUGCAUUGCCAUCUUCUUCCUCAUGUGCCUCUCUCGCUCCGGUACGCGCAUCGCUUCGCCGCUUUUCGGAUUCACUCGUCUAUCUCAAUGCCGUGCCGCCAAAAGCAUUUUCGGUUUCGGCGUUCUUCAAGUUGAAGAUUCGUUCGCCAGUAGAGACUGUAUCUCUUCACUUUCAGUCACUGGUCGCGGCUGGACGCUUUACCAGCACGUCAUGAUUCCACAUAAGGCAUCUCCUGCAUCGUUAGUGGAAAGCGUUGUAGAUAGAUUCUCGGCCGGAGGACGAUUUUGCAAAGACGGAUCUAGGAGCCUUCCGUUGACAGCACCUGCAAGAAUGAUGCCUGGCGCCAUCGGUACGUUUCAACGGCACGUGCUGACGUGUCAGCGAAUGAUGCCUGAUCAGCCGCGUUCGAGCCGAGGUCAUUCGGAGAAGGCACGUGCUGAUAUGAUGCCACGUGGCACAUCACCAGCGGUUCCAGGCUACCACAUGAUGUUCCCCUCGUGUGACCUAGUAGUGUCAGAUUCUGCUUCUUUUGGGAGCAGAGGAGUGAUGCGGCUGGAGCAGAGGAGCAGCCGCAGGGGGGACAUGCGUUUAAGAGCGUUUCAUCACAUCACGAAUCCGCUCGUCCACGUCAGCAGCAGCAACCCUGACGUGUGGUGGUCCCUCCCUGACGCCAUAUCUGACAGACUGCCCUUGCCGCCCGGCCACUGGCAGAGGAUAGAGGACCUCUCUCAACGGCUGGGGGUCGACCUAUCUCCAGACCUGCUGCUUAGGUGCCUGGCCCAGGACAUGUACUACUACGAGCUCAUGCCUGGCGCACAGCGUUCAGUUCGUGCCAGUCAGCCUCUUAACCACGCCCUGAAAGGCGGCGUGGAGGAAGGCAGCAAGAACCUUCCAUUGAUUCGUGCUCGGGUGGACGAGCCCAUCACGUACUUCACAGCACACAGCAGGCUGCGGUCGCACCUGGAGGCAGUGGGGGACUCAGUGCUGGGGUUUACAUGCGUGCUGCACCUAGUGAGGCAGCAGCCGCCCAUGUCCAUGGGCGAGCUCACAGCACGCAAAAACAAGUUGGUGAGCAACAGGAGCCUGUCGCGCAUCGGGGCAGACGUCCUUAAUCUCCCCGCGGCCAUGCUGUGCCCUACGGACGCCCUGACGAUGCAGGGGAAGCGGGCGGGAGUGGCUGCAGGAACAGAUAAGGUGGAGCCUUCUUUAGUGGCCUGCACAGUGGAGGCACUUGUUGGGGCAGUUUAUGCAGAAAGGGGCCUGGAUGCAGCAUCGGCCUUGGUGACCCGCCUUCUGCCCUCCCUCCAGGACCCCCAACCUGGCUACCGGCUGGAGCAGCGACCUGAGUACCAGGAACAACCCGACCGUCAGCAUCAGCAUCGGCAUCAGGAUCAGGAUCAGCAUCAACAUCAGCAUCAAUUCAUGUUUCAGCAAGAGAGUAUGCAGCAUCUGCACCGUCAGGAGCAUGAGCAGCAUGAGCAGCAGAAUGAGCGUGAGGAAGAUCACAGGAAUGACCCCGGAGUCAGUUUCAACCUCAGCCUCAGCAGUCUCAGCAAAGAAACAGGAACGGAGUCCAUUCUGGUGUCGGCAUCCUCCACAGAGGAGGAUCCCGUGUCUCUUCUGCAACAGCUGUCUCAGCGGCUGGGUCACCUCCCAUCAUACAUCCAUGCAGGCACGGACAAUCCGCGUACACCACACGAAACACACAGAGUGAGGGUGUACGUGGGCGGCAGGAGGAUGGGCACGGGCAUGGGGCGCUCUCUUAAAGAGGCGAAGCGGGACGGAGCAGGGAAGGCGCUGCUAGCAUGGAGUAAGGUGUUUGGGGAGGGGGGGGGGGGGAUCGAGGGAGCUGUAGGUGAGAAAAUUUGGGGAGGAAGGAAGUGAGGAGAAAGAGGGAGUGCAACAAGAGGCUGGGCACGGGCAUGGGGCAUUUGCUGGUGGAGGGAAAUUAGGGUGGAGCAGCGAAGGGCGCUGCUGGCAUGGGGUAAGGUGUUUGUGGGGGGGGGGUUGGAGGGGGAGGGAAGAGUGAGGGGAGAUAGAGGGAUAUGUGGAGGGGGUAUGGCAGCAGCAGCCACUCAGCAGGUUUCUUUGUAUGUACGGUAUAAGAAAAUGGCAGUGAGUGCAACAGACAAUGCUAUGGACAUACUGUUAAAGUAAGAACUGAAUGAAUGACUAGAAAUGGAAACCUAUAACAAAUACUAGUUGGUUGUACUCACUAGAAGCAUACCUCAGUCCAG